GGCCACCAGGUAAGGUGCAGAAAUGUCAUCUGAUUCAACAUUGCCUGUUAGUGGCCCCUCCAGCAAUUCCCCAAUAUCUCCUCAAUCACCAAAGACCCUCAAUUUACCAGACACUCAUUAUACUAGGGAUCGUUCUCCAUCCCCCAUAAGAGGACACUUCAUUCCCAGUCCUCUCCCAACUAGACGUACAAGAACAUUUUCUGCCACUGUACGGGCCUCUGAAGGACCUGUCUACAAGGGAAUCUGCAAAUGCUUCUCCCGCUCUAAAGGACAUGGUUUCAUAAUACCUGAAGGUGGAGGACCUGAUAUCUUUCUACAUAUAUCCGAUAUUGAAGGAGAGUAUGUUCCUGUAGAAGGAGAUGAAGUCACUUACAAAAUUUGCACCAUUCCACCCAAAAAUGAGAAACAUCAAGCUGUAGAAGUUGUAAUCACUCAUUUGGCUACAGGAUCAAAGAACGAGACGUGGUCUGGUUGUAUCAUAAAUACAUAA